AUGUCACAUUGCCCAAGCACAUUUCAAUUCGCUCAUUCUGAGCUGUACAGCAAUUCAUCCUCAAAUACGACUAAAAACUGUUUAGAAUUCGAUCCCGAUGGUCUACAAUAUGUCAAAUGGAUUUAUAUUGUCUUCGGAGAGUGUGUCCAUUCAGCCAGAGAGCAAGCUUCGUUUUAUGUUGGACUUGCAAGUUUGUUUUGUUGGAUGUGUGCCAUCUUUCCUCAAAUUCAUGCCAAUUUCAAAAACAAGGACGCAACUUCUCUUAGUUUGGGGUUUUUAUUCCAAGCAUUCAUAGCGGACAGUUCUAAUUUAAUUUCAUGCAUCUUAUCGGGACAACUUGCCACUCAAAUCGUUGUGGCCCUGUAUUUUGUCAGUACUGACAUUAUUGUCAUCUUCCAGUAUUUUUAUUAUUCCAUAAUGAAAAAACAUUUCCAAAAAUGGUGGAAUUCUAAAAGAAAUAAGGAUCAACAAACCAAGUCAAAUGUCACAUCUUUCGAUGCGAAUAUUCAUCAUCACGAGGAUAUACACGAGGAUGAAGCACAUGACAAUCAUCAAGUCACUUUACUAAAUCCGAAUGUCACAAAAUCCUCCAGUCCAACCCGACUGAAUAUUAAGGUUGCGUUCGCACUUUUGAUGUUACUCCUCUUUUUUUCCUUUAAAACCAUGCAUUGGCAAGCACAAUAUGAAAGCCAACAAUCACUCGUUUAUCCACAACGAAUUUACACCUCUACCAAUUCUUUUUAUAUUGGAAGAAAACUCUUUAGUUCUGAAAAAUAUCAUCAGUUAGAACAAAGAGAACAAGAUGACAAUGACUGGUCCAAGCAUGAUGCAUUCGUUUUUCCUCCCAAUACUACAAUUUCCAUUGUGGGUUAUGCGAUUGGAUGGUUUUGUGCAUUGCUGUAUUUGGGAUCGAGACCUCCUCAAAUUUAUAAGAAUUUUAAAAGAGGAAGUGCAGCAGGAGUGUCAAGAAUUUUCUUCUCAUUGGCAGUUUUGGGAAAUUCAUGUUAUGUUGCCUCCAUUUGGUUAUUUUCAUUUAAUGGAAGGUAUUUAAUGAUGCGUUUACCGUUUUUGUUGGAAACAUCUGUCAAUGUGUGCAUGGAUUCCUUCAUUCUGUUCCAAAUCAUUUAUUAUCACAGAAAGAACUUGAAAAAAGAUUCCAAUCGAGGGAUUGAACAUGUUCAACUUGAAGAAGGUAGACCUAUUGAGUUUCACCAAAACAAUGAUGAGAAUUCCAUUGAACUGGAAAAUCAUGAACAUGAUCAUCAACAAGAAAACUUGGACGACUCCCAAAAAAGUUCUUCAGAGAAAUUGUCACAACAACAGUUACAGUAG